CUCUGAGAAAGAGCACAUUUGGGGGACCCACUUGAGGUGAUGUGUGCUUAGCUGCCUACUUCUCUCUCCUCCACCUGCAGAUCAGGGCUCCAGUUGGGGUAGGGACAUCAACCACGCUCUUUCAUUUGAGGAACGCCACCUCUGGGGUCUUAGAGGAGCCAUGGAAGUCUUGGGGCUUCUCAGACUGGAAGCGAACGGUCUCACGGUGACCGUGGCCCUGUCUGUGGCUCUCGCGGCCCUCCUGACUUGGUACUCUACAUCAGCAUUCUCAGUGCUGGAAAAGCUGGGUAUCAGACAUCCCAAGCCGUCCCCUUUCAUUGGGAACUUGACCUUCUUCCGCCAGGGUUUUUGGGAUGGCCAACUGGAGCUCAGAAAACUAUACGGACCUCUAUGUGGGUACUAUCUUGGUCGUCGAAUGUAUAUUGUUAUUUCUGAGCCAGACAUGAUCAAGCAGGUGUUGGUUGAGAACUUCCACAACUUUACCAACAGAAUGGUGUCAGGUUUGGAGCCCCAGCCAGUAGCCAACAGCAUCCUCUGCUUGCGUGACAAGAGAUGGGAAGAGGUCAGAGGCGUCCUGACUUCUGUUUUCAGUCCCGAAAAGCUGAACGAGAUGAUGCCCCUCAUCAGCCAAGCAUGUGACCUUCUCCUGGCUCAUUUAAGACGCUGUGCAGAAUCGGGGGACGCAUGUGACAUCCAGAGGUGCUACCGAGCAUUCGCCACCGAUGUGGUGGCCAGUGUCGCCUUUGGCACCCAGGUGGACUCGCAGAAAGAUCCUGAGGACCCCUUCGUGCUGCACUGCAGGCGCUUCUUUGCCGUCAGCAUCCCCAGGCCCCUCCUGGUCCUAAUCUUAUCGUUCCCGUCCAUAAUGGUCCCGCUGGCCCGGAUUCUACCCAAUAAGAACCGAGAUGAACUGAACGGCUUUUUUACCAAACUCAUUAGGAACAGGAUUGCCUUUCGGGACCAGCAAGCAGCAGAAGAGCGGCGCAGAGACUUCCUGCAGAUGGUGCUGGACGCCCGGCACUCCCCCAGCUGCGUGGGUGUGGACAGCUUCGACCUGGUCCGAGACGCGCUGUCCUCUGCAGCGCGCACCACAGACCCCUCGCCCCCGCGCCAGCCCCGGGCCCUGUGCCGGCCGCUCACGGUGGAUGAGAUCGUGGGCCAGGCCUUCCUGUUCCUCAUCGCCGGCCACGAGAUCGUCACCAACACUCUCUCCUUCGCCACCUACCUGCUGGCCACCAACCCGCACUGCCAGGAGCGGCUUCUGAGAGAGGUGGACCUUUUCCAGAAGAGGCAGAGGGGGAAAGACAAGUGGCGCACGUACCGCCACCGCGCAGGACAGCCCAGGAAGACCGGGGUGAGCCGCAGAGUUGGGAAGGAGGUGAGGCUGCCCCGCCGGGGACUGCGGCGGCUACGCGGGAGGAGGAGGAGGGAGGCAGAGCAGAGGACCCCGGGGAAGGGGCAGGGACACAAGGACAGGCCGAGCUGGGCAAGUGUGAAGACGGCAGCGCGGGGAGGAGGUCACGGUGCAGGAAGGUAGACCGGGUGGCGCCGACGCAGUUCUGGGAAUUCUGGGAGCUCCCUCUGGGGGCUCAGGGCGACUCACGCGGGGGCUGAGCUGAGCUCCUUUCCUGCGCCCAUGCUGUUUCUGGAUGCCUGAUGCAUCAAAUUGCUUGGACCUAUAAAUUGUUACUGUUUUUUAAAAAGCUGUGCUUUAGAAGGCUGUGGUGGCUCAGGCCUUCAUUGCCAGUACUUUGGGAGGCUGAGGCAGGAGGAUCACAAUCUCAAGUCCAGACUAAGCAGCUUAAUAACCUAGUAAGCGCGAGAGGCAAAAAAGGAAAAGGAAAAGAAUCUGUGCUUUACCAGGCAAGCCCCCAUGGUGCGAUCCCAUCACCUGCUGCUGUUGUUACUACCACAUGCAUAAUUUUGGAAGGGGGCUUGUUCUGGUACUGGAAUCACUAGGAAAAAACUUUGAUGCAUGAACUGAAAACCAUUUCCCAGAAAAUGCCGCUUCUUUAUCCUGCUAGGGAAGUAGAGGCAAGCUUGGCGCUGUUCUCCAUAAAUGCUUAAACGUUUGAAAGCUGCAUAGCUGUGUCACCGACUGCCUCGGCUCCCGGCUCCAUGCGAGCUGGAGGUCAGCUCGGAGUUCUGUGUUGUUAUGACAACUGUCAGGCUGGGUCUCUCCGGCCCGCUGCUCCCCGAUUGAUCUUCGGAGUCUCGAUGCGAGAGUUUGUAUUUAUCCUUAUUACUGCUCAAGUCAGUCAAAAUAAUUUUGAAUCUUGAUUUCCCCAUCUGUCAUAUUAGCAGGUCCUCCAGCUUUGUGUCACCGAGACGCACCAGGCGUGACUCCCCUUUCAUCCAAGUCACUGAUUAAAAUGUGGAACAGAACAGGGCUUCCCUCAGAUUGACAUUGAUCCAUUAAUCAAUAUUCUUCAGGCAUGGAGCCUCUACAAGGCAUGAAUCCCAAUAAUCCUACGUCCUAUCUUAUCCUGUGUCACAUGUUAUUCUUUAACAUUUGCUCUAAACUGGGGAGAGGGGAUGGAAGGACCCGGAUGAUCCGCACACGUCACUGCUGCGGGUGGGAAAGGGCGGUGGAAGGCGUAUCCGUUAGGGUUCACCUCAUCACAUGUACCAAAACCCCGACUCAAAUCGAUUUCAGCAAAACUAAAAUGAAACAGAUUCAUAAAUUUGCUUCUGUGAGUACAAAUUAUUGCACAACUCAGGAAUAGAUGUGGCUUCAGGCAGAUCUUUAUUCAGGCCUCAGAGCUGUGCUCGGAUUGGGUUCCUCUGCUCCCAGCCCCUGUCUGCUCCUCCUGUGCAGCCUGUUCUCAAUCUCACUGUCCUCUGAAUGCCUGGGCGGUCUGUGACUACCCACUUCCUUGCUCCUCGCCACGGAAUGAGAAGAUCUGUGGCCUCCAAUUCCCAGCAAGGGUCAUGAAGAUCACUCUGAUUGGAACAUAAGAUAGCUACCCAUUCAGAAGCCAACUGUCAUGCUCUGGGGGCACCUAUGGACCCAGCCUGGGAUCAAGCACACACAAAGCGAACCACCAAGGACCUGGGAGGGAGACUUCCUGAAGGAAGCAUACAGUGGGUGCCAGGAAGGUGCACAGGGACAUGAAGCCCCUGGAUGUGACUAAAUCAGAAGGCAGAUUAAAGUAAAGAUCACCAAGCUGGGCAUGGUGGCACACGCCUAUAAUCCCAGCACUCAGGAGGCUGAGGCAGGAGGAUUGCUG